CCCAUCAUUGGAAAGGAGUUGAUGAGAAGCAAAGGGGUGCAUUAGUGAUAUUGUCACUACUUCCAGUCACCCAAGACCUUCCUGGGAGCAACAUGUCAGGAGAAGGAACAUUCCGGGCAGUGUCCGAGGAGGAGCAAGAAUUGCGUUCCAAGCUAGAGCGACUCACAACCAAGGACCACGGACCUGUCUUUGGAAAGUGUAGCCGGGUACCCCCCCACACCCUGCAGAAGGCCAAGGAUGAGCUCAAUGAGACAGAGGAAUCCCGGGAAGUGGCUGUGAGGGAAUUGAGGGAAAUGAUUCAAGAACGGGCUGAUUCUGGAGAUGACAUGGGUCAGUUGGUGGCUGAGAAAAUACAGGAGAAGGACGAUGACUUCCUCCUUCGUUUUGUUCGGGCCCGUAAAUUUGAUGUCGGCCGUGCUUAUGACUUGCUUAAAGGUUAUGUGAAUUUCCGACAACAAUACCCUGAGCUCUUUGAAGAUCUAUCACCAGAGGCUGUUCGUUGUACCAUUGAAGCUGGUUACCCAGGCAUUCUCUCUAGCCGGGAUAAAUAUGGUCGUGUGGUCAUGCUCUUCAACAUUGAGAAUUGGGACUAUGAAGAAAUUACUUUUGAUGAGAUCCUGCAGGCAUACUGUGUCAUCUUAGAGAAGCUGUUAGAAAAUGAGGAAACCCAGAUUAAUGGCUUCUGCAUUGUUGAGAACUUCAAGGGCUUCACCAUGCACCAGGCAACAGGCCUCAGGCCCUCAGAGCUCAGGAAGAUGGUGGAUAUGCUCCAGGACUCUUUCCCGGCCAGAUUCAAAGCCAUCCACUUUAUCUAUCAGCCAUGGUAUUUCACCACCACCUACAAUGUGGUUAAGCCUUUCUUAAAGAACAAACUUUUGGAGCGGGUCUUCAUUCAUGGAGAUGACUUGGAGACCUUCUUCCAGGAAAUUGAUGAAGACAUAUUGCCUUCUGACUUUGGAGGCACGCUGCCCAAAUACGAUGGCAAAGUCAUAGCUGAGCAGCUCUUUGGACCCCGAACGGUGACGGAGGACACUGCAUUUUAAGAACGCCCACUGUUUUCCCCAGAGACCCCAGUGAUCCUUUCUCUGAAUUGUUUGUGUGAGGGAGCAGGGGUUUUUGUUGUUAUCCAUACCUUGCUUCACAUAUGUAACCCCAGUCAGGACCAGAUAUCCCUGUCUUGUUCACAUUGAGUCAGCAAAACUGGGAGAUAAGCCUCUAAAACUAGGGGAUAGUCUCAUUCUUUAAUUGUCAUUUAAACUACAGGGCAAUGGUAGAGUUAAAGAAGGAUAGCACGGGGAAGAGAGAAAUAUAAAAACAGACCAAUUUUCUUUAGUACUGUGAUAAAAACAAGAUAUUUGCCGCUGGGUAUUCCCACUGCUGUCAUCCAAGGGACUGGACAAGCUUCUCCUUUUUAGAUUGAGAACAUGGGUAGGCAGCCUUGACCUGACCCCUGUCAUUGCAGUGAGUAUGAGGUGGAUCACCAGACUUCCAGCUAACUGUUUGGAGUGUAUUUCUGGGGAAGCUGGGGGCACAUAAAAGCUAUAAAAGGUAGGCAAAUCACAAAUGUGCAUUGUAGUUAGUUACUGGAAAGCCAUUGGACAAAUGCUUAUCAUCUAAGUCUGAGCCUUAGCAGUUCUUUGAUUCUCUCCUUGGCUUCUUGGAUAUUCUCUUUUUUAGACCCAAGUUCUUGAGGAAAGCAAAGUCUUUUCAAUCUUCCCUUUCAUUGGGAUCUGGUUGCUUUCUUAUUUUAUUCUAGCUCAUAUCCUUCCUAUCUCCAGGUCCAGGAACUCUUGAACUUUCUCUUAUUUUCCUUAGGUGUUCUUCACAGGUCAAUUUCUGUAGACUGCUGUUUGGCUCUUGUUUUUGACUCAUUACAAAUCUCCUAGUUUUUUUUCCCUCACUACUUUUUACCUCUUCCCAGACAUCUCUCCAGGUAAAAUUUCUGUGAAUUACUAACCAUGUGACCUAGGAUUAAUCACUUAACCUCUUUAGGUAGUGUUCUUAUCUACAAAAGGAAGGAUUUGGAAUAGAUCAGAAAUGUCAUACUCAAGAUAUAAGUACUUAUAAAACUCUCAAGCGCAUCUCAAAUGAGACGAGGAUAUAAUUGGAAACUGUUUAAUAAAAUAAAAAUAUAAUUUAACAUAGAUGAUGUUAAUCUGUAGUUUUCUAAGUCAAUAUACAGCCCUCAGGGAUCUUUGGGUUUGACUUUACUGGACAGGAUAAUCUUUAAUAUUUCUUCUAGCUUAAAAUCCUAUGAUUUUACCUUUCAUAUUCAUUUCUGGGGCCCUUUUCCAUGUAUUGGCACAUAUCUGAAUCUGCUUUUCACUUUGGAGUUCAUUAAGAGUUUUAGUUCUUGUCCACAAAUAAUGACUAUUCAAUUUAUAUGGCACUUUAAGUACAUUCUACAGUGGAGGAAAUUCUCGAGUGACUUGCUCAUGGAUCCAGAGCCAGCAAUUGUGAAAGUUAGAAUUUGAACCCAAGGCUUCUGAUUUAGCCAACUGUUCUUUUUGCUACACCAUACUAUGCCUUUUAGCCAAUACAAAUUACUUCUUUUCAAAUUGUGUAUUUACACAAGGCUGCUCCUUCUCUGUCUAUAUCUUCCACAGCAAAGGGUUACACCUAGACUAGUGACAUAAUGAAAAAAGAGGACAAUUCACCAUAAUUGCCCUGUGCUUUUACCUGGGUUGAUAUCAGUUUUAUUUCUAAGGUCUUGGUCUUUCUACUGAAAUAUAGCUCAUGGGUUAGGAUUAAAAGACAGCUGCAUAGUCCAACAUUAAAAGAAAAAUAAGCCUUUAUUAUGCCUUAGGUUGAGUGAGGGAGACUGGAGCACAAUGGAUAUAUUAUUAAGGGUGAGUCAAAAUUCUCAGUUCUGGCCCUUGCUUUCCCAACUAAGAUUCUAUCCAGAGAAAGGAUCUGGAGAUCAGGAAUUAAACACAAAAUAAUGCCAGUUUAUUGGAUAAAUUUCCCCAAUUUUGAAAGCAUGUGGUUGGAGAAAAACAAAGGAUAAAGAGGGACUGAGAAAAGUCACUGUUGCACAUGGUUGGUGGAAAGAAGCUACAACCUAAGGAGAAGAAUCAAGAUUGGGAUGGAGGGCACUAGUAACUUUUUUAUUUCUGAUCCAGUAUACACUUUUAUACUACAUAUACUUAUGGAGGUUUCUCAGUUGCCCCUUUCCUGGUUUUGGCUGAUCUUGUGGGCUUGAUUCAGCAUUUGGGUGGAGCUGGAGAUCAAUUUCCAGGCUUAAAGGCAACCUUGUGAGUUGGAGAUGUCUCGAUAUUUGGAGAGGUCUCGGUGUCCUGGGUCCAAUGAAUGGAGCUGACUGGUGGCAAGGGAAGAUUCUGCAAGGGAGCAGUAAACUAAGAGGAGGGGCUCAAGCCCCUGGCCUGGCUUGCCAUUUGACAAGUGAGAGCCUGAGGUGAAAUGUAGGGUGCCUAAUCAGCAGUCCUACAAAAUGCAUCAUCCUUAGAUGGUUUAAAUGUCAAACUUCCUCUGGGAAUUACAGUACUUAGCACUGCUGCUUGUUUAGCUUAAGUCUUACUGUCAGUGCUUGUGAGAAUCUUUUAUACUUUAGCAUU